UGUUCCAGGUACUACUACAGCAGCUCCAGAUCCCUGUUCUUCAAACCCUUGUGGCCAAGGAAGCACGUGUGAGGCUCGAGCCAAUCAGGGCUUUGUAUGUUUGUGUCUGGCUGGUGAUAACUACAACAACAAUACACAUCGUUGUGACCCUGCCAAAGUUUUCCCUGGACACAUAAACCUGCCUGACAUAGUAUAUGAAAACAGUAUGUCAGACAAGGCAUCACCAGCGUUCAAAAGGACUGCAGACCUUAUUACCCAAGAGCUGGACAAGAGUCUGGGAUCUGAUCCUACAUACGUUCGAUCUAUAGUGCUGAAACUGUGGCCAGCUGCCAACAGUCAAUUAAGGGCGUUGACCGGGGUCAAUGCAUCAGUAGAGUUAAUCUACUCACCAGAAUCCAACAUCACAGCCUCAGAUGUUGUAGCAGAGGUGAAGAAGGCCACUGAAUGCACCGACUGUCCACUGGCAGGUGGAACUUUUACUGAUGAAGACCUGUGUGAGAGGAACCCAUGUGAUGAAAACAGCACAAGAUGCUCUUCAAAAGAUGGAACUUUCAACUGCACCUGUCUGGACGGCUACGUUCCAACUGACCUCAGUACUAGAGUCUGUCAUAUGGGUAAUACUACGACAGCUCCAGGUACUACUACAGCAGCACAAGGUACUACUACAGUAGCUCCAGGUACUACUACAGUAGCUCCAGGUACUACUACAGCAGCUCCAGGUUCCUGUGCUUCAAACCCUUGUGGCAAAGGAAGCACGUGUGAGGCUCGAGCCAAUAAGGGCUUUGUAUGUUUGUGUCUGGCUGGUGAUAACUACAACAACAAAACACGUCGUUGUGAGACUGCCAAAGUUUUCCCUGGACACAUAAACCUGCCUGACAUAGUAUAUGAUAUCAGUAUGCGAGACAAGACAUCAUCAGUGUUCAAAGAGACUGCAGACCUUAUUACCCAAGAGCUGGACAAGAGUUUGAGCUCUGAUCCUACUUACGUUGGAUCUAUAGUGCUGGAACUGAGGUCAGCUGGCAGCAUUCUAUUAAGGAUGUCGCCCGGUAUUGAUGCGACUGUAGAUAUCAUCUACUCACCAGAAUCCGACAUCACAGCAUCAGAUGUUGUAGCAGAGGUGGAGAAGGCCACUGAAUGCACCGACUGUCCACUGAAAGGAGCAACUUUUGUUGAGGAAGACCUGUGUGAGAGCAAAGCAUGUGAUGAAGUCACCACAAGAUGCUCUUCAGGAGAUGGAACUUUCACCUGCACCUGUAUGGACGAGUACAUUCCGACUGACUUCAGCACCAGAGUGUGUGUUGCUUGUCCCUCUGGACAAAAAGCAGAGAAUUCUAUGUGUGUCAGUUGUCCAUUUGGUUAUUCUGGUUUUAACUGUAAUGAAAGUACUAUGAUGCUUCUGGUGAUUGUCGGCUCUGGGCUCGGUGGACUGCUGCUCAUUGCCCUCAUCCUCCUGAUAGCAGUUUCAUCAAUGAAAAGUUCUAAGAAGAAAAAACAGGCAGUCACUGGUAUGCCGCACAUCAGCCAGUCUCCUGCUAAGGCACCACCGGCCAACGGUCAGGCGCCUCCAUAUAACAGGUCUGCAGCUUUGGCUAAUUCCGGGUUGCCCAACUUCCCACGGGCAACACCCAACAAAAGCUGGGAUAACAGGACCAACCUGGAGAUGCCUUCCAGCAACAGACAGCAAAACCUGAACCUAAACAACCAGCAAUAUGAAAGCAUGCCAUAUGGCCAGAAUCACCCAGACGAACGUUCCAAAUCCUCUGGACAUCAUGACGUCCAAGGUACGCCUUACAUGGGCUACUCUCCUGCUAAGGCACCACCGGCCAACGGCUUCUCAGUCAACAGUGAGACGCCCUCAUUUAACAGGUCGGCAGCUUUGGAUAAUGGCAGGGGGCCCAGCUCCCAACAGCCAAACUCCAACAACAGCUUGUAUGACAGGACCAACCAGGAGAUGUAUCCCAGCAACAGCCGGCAAAACCUGGUACCUAUGGACGCAAACUUGAACCUAAACGACCAGCAAUAUGAAAUGAUGCCAUAUGGCCGGAGUCACCCAGAGGAACGGUCCAAAUCCUCUGGACAUCAUGACGUCCGAGGUACGCCUUACAUGGGCUACUCUCCUGCUAAGGCACCACCGGCCAACGACUUCACAGUCAACAGUGAGACGCCCUCAUUUAACAGGUCGGCAGCUUUUGCUAAUGGCAGGGGGCCCAGCUCCCAACAGCCAAACUCCAACAACAGCUUGUAUAACAGGGCCAACCAGGAGAUGCCUCCCAGCAACAGCCGGCAAAACCUGGUACCAAUGGACGCAAACUCGAGAAUGAACGUGCAGGAAGAUGAAAUGAUGCCAUAUGGACGGAGUCACCCAGACGAACGGUCCAAAUCCUCUGAACAUCAUGACGUCCGAGGUAUGCCUUACAUGGGCUACUCUCCUGCUAAGGCACCACCGGCCAACGACUUCACAGUCAACAGUGAGACACCCUCAUUUAACAGGUCGGCAGCUUUGGCUAAUGGCAGGGGGCCCAGCUCCCAACAGCCAAACUCCAACAACAGCUUGUAUGACAGGACCAACCAGGAGAUGUAUCCCAGCAACAGCCGGCAAAACCUGGUACCUAUGGACGCGGGCUCGAGAAUGAACGUGCAGGAAGAUGAAAUGAUGCCAUAUGGUCGGAGUCACCCAGACGAACGGUCCAAAUCCUCUGAACAUCAGUCGGCAGCUUUUGCCAAUGCCAGGGAGCCUAGCUUCCAACAGCCAAAGUCCAACAACAGCUUGUAUAACAGAACCAACCAGGAGAUGUAUCCCAGCAACAGCCGGCAAAACCUGGUACCUAUGGACGAGAACUUGGAAGAUGAAAUGACGCCAUAUGGCCAGAGCCGACUCCAGAAUAACCCGUAUGGUCAGAGCCAAGGCCACACAAACCAUUACUACAAUUAAUAUGAUGGAAGACAGAUUAGUUAAUGCAAAACCACAGGUUGACAUUUUUUUUUGUCUCUGCAAUUUACUCCACAAAUACUAUCCAUUUAUAGUUGCUAUAUAAAUACAAUUCCGACAGUUGUGUGUAACUGCAAUGUAGCCUUUCACACUCUGACUUGUACAGUUAUGAGUUAUAUACAUUACACGUUGCCAUAAAUCAAUUCUGUCUGUCACUGACUACAUAAAAUGUAGUUUGCAAUAUGUUUCUCAAAUUUUGUCUUGCUGUCAGUAAAUCAAUAUAUUAUUCAUUUAAGUUGUUUAUUUACAUGGAAACAGAAACUUUGAAAGGAGGAUCUGUUUAAUGUCAUUUGUUGUUAUUUUGUUGUCUAUGAAUUUACAAGUAAUUGUUUUUUGGCCUGUAAAAUGUUCUGUUUUUUUAAUGGAAAUCUAUGUUUAAUGUGCGUUUAACACAGGCUUUGUAAAUUAGGUGAGGCUGUUCAGAUAGAAUUUAAAAUCAACUAUUCCCCUUAAACGUUUACUUCAUUGAAAUGUUUGACUUGAAUGAAAAAUUGUCUUGACUGAGAGCAUGCUUUGAAAUAAAGGACUUUACACUA